UGUUUGUGAGUUUUUGUGUAACUCCUCCCAUUCACCCUUGUCUCUGUUCUUUAGAUCGGUAGUUAGUCACUAGUUAGUCAUUAGACGCUGUUCUUGCGCACAGGUGUGACAGGUGUGACAGGUGUUUGUCUGUGAUGGAUCUGAAGGAUAAAGUGGCUGUGGUGACCGGAGCAGCUCAGGGUUUGGGCAGAAGCUUUGUCGAAAUACUCCUGAAAAACGGCUCAAAGGUGGCUUUAAUUGAUGUGAAUAAAUCACUGGGAGAUGAACUGAAGAGCACACUUGAUCAGGAGUAUGGACGAGACAGAACUGAAUUUUUCACGGCCGAUGUCACAUCUGAGGAAGAUUUGAAAGGAGCUUUGGAAAAAAUUGUUAAAACAUUUGGCCGCAUAGACAUUUUGUGCAACAAUGCAGGGAUCAUCAAUGAAAAACACUGGGAGAAGACUAUUGCAGUCAACCUGGGUGGAGUGGUCAGAGGAACGUAUCUCGCUCUAGAACAUAUGAAGAAGGAAAAUGGUGGUAAUGGAGGAGUCAUUAUCAACAUUUCAUCUAUGGCAGGUUUGGGGCCUUUGCCAGUGGCUCCCAUCUACACGGCGACUAAACACGGCGUGGUGGGAUUCAGUCGUGCCAUGGCGGCCGUUUCCAAGCUGGCUGACUAUGGGGUGAGGAUCAACAUUCUGUGUCCGUGGUUUGUGAAGACCAGUCUACUGUCCUCCUUGAAUUCAGAAGAUUAUAUUGAAAGGUUUCUUCCGCUGAAGGCUAUGUCAGAAACGAUGAUACAGAAACACGGCUGUCUGGAGGCUGAUGUUGUUGCCAAGGCCUUUCUUGUUCUUGUGAAAGAUGAGAGCAAGAAUGGAGACGCUCUGAUGAUUGAUCCCGAGGGGGCGGUUUUUAUUUCUUUCCCCCAAAAAGCGAAAGACUUGCCAUCGACUCCAGUCAACCUCGAGUAGCCGAUCAGCUUCAUUCUCAGUCACUGCCGCUCCUGUUGUGUAAGUGGACGGAUUGAGUUUGGGAUUAAAGGUUUUAGCCAGAGCUCGUAUACUUGUAUUUGACUUACUAAUCAGAGAUCUUAAAGGUUUUUGAAGAAAAUCCAACCAAACCCUGGAGAUCCAGACCAAAUCAACACACGGUGUAAACCUAAAAGAGCUUCCACUUGAGUGGCUUUAUUAACAAUAUAGAUCAUUUUGACUAAAUCAGCCAGUUUAAAUAUUAGUGAAACAUUAUUCUUUGGUGCUUCUUUGUAAUUAUUACAAACAUGAAUGUCAGCAUUUCUGUUCUUCAGAUCAAUUUGAGAAUGUUCCAAAUCCAGGAAACCUGACAGUCAGUGCAAGAGUCAAAAUGUCUCAAAUUUGGAUGUUGGGGAACUAGAAAUACUGCAGCAUCUGAAAAUGAUUCUGCGAUUUACAAAUAUAAAUGGAAACAUCAAAACAGCACAGUUAUUGUGCUAAAAUAUACCUCAAAAUAUUCUGAAUAUGUGGUUUGCUUUCAAAAUUUGUUUAAAUAAACAAGCUACUAACAUCA